AUGACGCAUUGCCAAUUAAUGACUGCAUAUCUCUUCCUACUGAUCCCCUUAUUGGUUAUAUCAAGUCAAUCCUGGCGGGAACAUUACGAAGACACCACAGAAGAAUCCUCUGCUGAUGAAGAAUCUCUGAUGGAGAAACGCUGGCAGUUGGGCUAUGAAAACUGGCGUCUUCGCUGCGAAAAAUUCGAGAGGGAAAUGAAUAAGACAUCUCCUGUAAACACUCGAAUUGCAGGUGGAGAACUGGCCACAAGUGGCAUGUUUCCCCAUCAAGUGGGUCUGGUUGUUCAGCUGAGUGGUGGCGAAUUCUUAAAAUGCGGGGGUUCCCUCAUCACUCUUCAGUUUGUUGUGACUGCAGCCCACUGCUUAACGGAUGCCAUUGCAGCAAGGAUUUACACAGGAGCCACAAGAUUCGCGGAUGCCACAGAUUCCGCCGAAGUGUUGUUGGUUACAUAUCGAGAUUUCAUAGUCCACCCAGGAUACUUGGGUUUUGGUGGCUACAAUGACUUGGCUUUGAUUCGGCUCCCUAAAAAGGUUAUUACCUCAGAUCGAGUGCAACCCAUUGAGUUAGCUGGUGAAUUUAUGAAUCAACACUUUCUGUCGGGUAAAGUGGUGACCCUUUCGGGUUGGGGCAGCCUGGGUGAUUCGAAGGGCAUCCAGAACCGACUGCUUCAGUACCUGGAUGAGGAGGUGAUCGACCAGGAGCGCUGCCUCUGCCAAUACUUGCCAGGAUUGGUCAGCCAACGACGGCACAUUUGCACCGAUGGAAGCAAUGGAAAAGGUGCCUGCAAUGGCGACUCCGGUGGCCCGUUGACCUUCCACUUUCGCAAUGCCAGCUACCUGAUUGGGGUCACCUCAUUCGGGAGCAUCGAGGGAUGCGAGGUGGGGGCACCGACUGUCUACGCCAGGAUAACCGCAUAUUUGCCAUGGAUCCGACAGCAAACGGCAACGAGCAACUAAAUGCAAUUAACGCCUAAUUGCAGCCCAUUAAUUGCUAAACAAUAUAGUCGGGCCAGACAAUAAAACCAAUUUGAGCAGUGAAAUUGAGAUGGGUGGUCCUGCCGACAAAGGGCAGGUGAAAAUGGUCCAUUUUAUGGGUGGUUGUUUUCCCCCGAAUGGAAAUUGCUGCCGAUAAAUAACAAUAAACA